AUGGAAGAUAAUACAACAUCCAAUAAGACUUGGAACUCAGUCAAUAAUAGUUAUCCCAGGAAAAUUCCAGAAAUAUGUACAGGCAAUAUAAAACUUUCUCUCAAUUUCUUCAUUUGUGUUGUCUGCAUAUUGGGACUUGUGGGGAAUGGAACUGUCAUCUGGCUCCUUGGCUUCCGCAUCAAGAGGAAUCCUUUCACUACCUAUAUCCUGAACUUGGCUGUGGCUGACUUUGGACUCCUCAUAUCAUUGCCUUUGUCUUUGAUAAUUUUAUGUCAAAAAUUCCCUACUUACAUUUUAUGGAUUAGUUUUAAUAUAUUAUAUAUACUUUCCCUAGUAUUUUACAGCAUUGGUCAACUUCUACUGACAGCCAUUAGUGUGGACAGGUGUGUGUCUGUCCUCUUCCCAAUUUGGUAUCGAUGCCACCGGCCACCAAAACUGUCCACCAUUGUCUGUGUGUUCAUAUGGGUUCUCUCUUCUGUAUUUAAUGGGAUUCCCAUCGUUCUCCUUAUGUCUCUGAAUUGGUAUUUUGAAGCAAUCACUUAUCAAUUUAUUGUAAAUACCGUUUUCUGCCUUCCAUUCAUUAUUAUCUCUACUUUCAUACUGUUCAUUCGAGUCUGCUUUAAAUCACAACAGCAUAGGCGGGGAAAAAUCUUAAUUGUUGUCCUGCUUAGCCUCCUCUUCUAUCUCUUAUUUGCUUUUCCACUUAAUGCUGUUUACCUAAUCGUUGUUUAUUUUCAGUUUCCUGUUAAUUUCAACUAUUUAAAGGAAUGCCUGCAUUUAAGCACCUCCUUAAACAGCAGUGUUAACCCUUUCAUUUAUUUCUUGGUUGGGAGAAAGAAGAGGAGACAAUCUAGGCAAAGUAUGAAGGUCCUACUCCAGAGGGUUUUCAAGGAGGAACAAGUCCCUGGAGCAGAAGAAGAACACCCAUUAGAAACCCGGUUAUGA